UUUUCUCCUUCUGGGUCUAGAGUCAUUCAGAGGGAAGAUACCCCCGGAGGAGGCACGAUGACAGGAAGCAUCGAGGGACUUGAGAGGUUUGACAGUCCGGGAAAAGGGCGAGGACUCCGCGUUACCAGACCCUUUAAGUUGGGUGAGCUCCUGUUCUCCAGUCCAGCGUACUCCUACGUGCUGUCAGUAAAAGAGAGAGGCUGUUUGUGUGAGUUCUGCUUCACCAGGAAAGAAGGAUUGGCAAGAUGUGGGAAGUGCAAGAAAGCCUUCUACUGCAAUGUGAAAUGCCAGAAAGGGGACUGGGCCAUGCACAAGCUGGAGUGCUCUGCAAUGACUGCAUUCGGAGAGAAAUGGUGCCCCUCAGAGAUGGCCCGACUGGUGGCCCGGAUCCUCGCCAAGAAGAAAGUGCAGAAAGAAAGAUGUGUGUCUGAGAAGAUCUUGCUAUUAGGAGAGAUGCAAUCACAUGUGGAAGACGUAGAUAAUGAGAAGAGAGAGAUGAAUGAAGCAGACAUUGCCGGACUAUAUCAGUUUUAUUCCAAACACUUGGACAUGCCCGACCACAAAGACCUGCUCACGCUGUUCUCCCAGGUUGCCUGUAAUGGUUUCACUAUAGAGGAUGAUGAACUGUCCCACAUGGGCACUGCAGUCUACCCAGAUGUGGCACUGAUAAACCACAGCUGUCUCCCCAGCGUCAUUGUCACAUAUAACGGGACGUCAGCUGAGGUUCGGGCUGUGCAGGACAUGAAGCCCGGAGAUGAAGUGCUCAUCAGCUACAUAGACCUCCUUUAUCCAACAGACGACCGCAACAACAGGCUGAGAGAGUCUUAUUACUUCACCUGUGACUGCCAGGAGUGUAAAAGCAAGUCCAAAGACAAGGCAAAGCUGAAAAUACGCAAGCAGAGUGACCCCAUUGAGCCGGAGGUCAUCAACAACAUGGUGCGCUACGCCAGGAAAACCAUCAGAGAGUUCAGAGCCUCCAAAAACGUGAAAACCCCUAGUGAGCUGCUGGAAAUGUGUGAACAGAGCCUGGAAGAGAUGGGAGCCGUCUUCGAUGACUCGAACGUCUACAUGCUCCACAUGAUGUAUCAGGCCAUGGGGGUUUGCCUUUACAUGCAAGAUAUAGAUGGAGCUAUCAGAUACGGCGAGAAGAUCCUCAAACCUUACAACCGGCUGUAUCCUCCCUACUCCCUGAAUGUGUCCUCCAUGUACCUGAAGUUAGGCAGACUGUACAUGGGGAUGGAGAGGCACUCAAUGGGCAUCAGCGCUUUCAAGAAGGCAUUGGCCAUAAUGGAGGUGGCUCACGGGAAAGAUCACUCCUACUUGGUAGAGCUUCGCAAAGAGAUGGCACAAAAAUGAAGAGAAAGGAGAGAAAAGACGGAACAUGGCUGAUCCCUAUGGACUGCAUACACCCCUGUGAUUAGGAGGUUUACAGAACUGUAGACACUUUCUACUCUUUUUGGUACUGGAGCAAUGAUAGAGAGCAUUCAUGUUUUUAUAGAAGGUUUAAUUUAUGGAUUUUUGGAAAUUACAUUUUUAUGUUAGUGUUAUGUGUACAGCAACUUCAAUUGUGUGCAGAAUACUUUUGUACCUUGUAGAGUUGUUAUACUGGGGUGAAAAGCUGACUUUGUGAAAUUAGCUUUUUACUAACACUCUUCCCAAACUGCUGAUGAUUUUGUAUUUUGUUUUGUCUCAUGACUGACGCAUCAGCUGGAAUCAGUCGUCCAUCAGAGUCAAGAUGUUUACGUUUAUGUGAAGCGGAGGGGGUCAGCACAACAAAAAUUCCUGUCAGCUAGUCAGGACAGCUGCCUCACCACAAGGGGCCUAUUAAAGCUGCAGAGUGUGCCCAGGGAUGGAGGAUUGUGUUUGCGUUAACACCUUCUGUGACUGCUCUGUGCGAAUUAAUACUGUGAGAGAAGCCCUCUCCAACCCACACGGCAUGACAAAUUUAAAAAAAUAAAUUAAAAAAUUGCAAAAUGAAUAAA